AUGCACCGCUUUGCCGCCUAUUUUCAGCAAGUAAGUUGUGUUUCGUUAGGUUUUGAGUUGAAUAUUUGAUUUCUGGCCCGGUUACCUGGACUUUCGAGAAGCGGCCACCUGGUUCAUUAUUGGCCUAAUAUUAAAAACCAAACUUGGGCUUUUUCUAAACAUGACAAUAAGCAAAGGAAGUAAUUAUCGUUGUUUCUCUUUUUCUACAAGGGUGAUAUGGAGUCAAACGGUAAAUCGGUAACUCGUAGCGGCGAACGUGUUGAUUACUCCACUGGUCCUAUUGUGUGGGGAGAACCUGGAACUAAUGGACAACACGCAUUUUACCAGCUUAUACAUCAGGGUAUGUUCUCAAGCUCUAGUUUUGGGCUUUUAAAGACUGAAUAGUAAGUUACGUGUAAAAAAAAAAUGCCAUAGGAAUUUAGGCACAUCUUCUCGACUAAACUAUCGUGCAAUAUGUCACGUACUGUUUGCGAGGCUUGUUAUUCUGGAGCAUUAAAUUUGCAAACGUGAGAUUAUCUCAUUAUUAGUAUUAGUGGUUUUAUACACAAAUGGCCAUUAGCUGAAAAUGUGUACUCUUUUAUUUAUCCCUGUUUAAAAUAAAUUUUUCUAGUGGCCUCUAGCAACUCCUAUCCUCGGUACUCAUUUCCAAGUUCCAGACUGUUCGCCAAUUGCAUUUUAGGAAGCAAGGAGCCUGUAAACGAGGCGCUUAUGUUGUAAUUUACAAAUCGACAACAAUUUUCCAUGGACUGUACUCUUAUCGACCAUAGAAAUGUCGUCAAAAUGUUCAAAACUCAGGCGGAACCACGAGCUGCAGGCGAGUGGUUUCACUGUACAGUUUGAACAUUUUGACGUCAUUUCUACGGUCAUUUCCAGAUCUUGGAAAAUUAUUGUCGAUUUAUUGUUUACAAUAACAUUGACAAUUUUGACGUCCAUUUCCGUUGCGCGAGAGAGAGAAAAAAAGAAACAAACAAAAAACAAAUUGUGCCACUAUCACGUUAUUUUUGUGGUCUGUGCUCUUAUUGAACAUAGCUCUCGACAAAUCAGCGCGCGAGAAAUCGCUCAGUUAUGGUAAAAUACUUAAUAUACCUAUGCUGCGUUGAUUUCUGUUCAGGCACCAAACUGAUCCCAGGAGACUUCUUAGCGCCGGUCGAGACCCAGAAUCCAAUUUCUGGUGGAUUGCAUCAUACCGUAAUGUUUUUGCCAGUUUAAACAGAUUUGUUGAAUUCAGAGAAAUGUUGGAGGAACGAGCUGUCUGCUUCAUAGAUUGCAAUUGUGUUUUAAAUUAUGCUGCUCUGAUGCCUCGAUCGGUUGUAGUUUGGACAUACAAAGUUACGAUACUUGCCUGCAUUACUUUGCAAGUUCUUUUAAGUAAAGUGCACACUAUUCACAUAACUUUAAGUAGCAGCAGCUGUAGCAGCUUAUCGUUUUGUGUGCACGGGCAUUGCGUCCGCUUUUUCUAACGUUGUUCUCUAUAAAGCGCGAUCCUAGUGAGGGCUCCGGUUCUUUUAUUUGUAUUGAAUUUCGGCUUAUACCAAAUUCUAGGAUUUUAUUACCUUUUUUGGCACAUUGCACUGCUUGCCAGCUUUUUAUAAUUUUUGUGUGAAUAAUGUGUUGUUAUUGAUACCCUUAGAUUCUUUUAGCCAAUUUCUUGGCCCAGCCUGAAGCUCUAAUGAAAGGAAAGACGACAGAAGAGGCCCGAGCAGAGUUGGAGAAGAGUGGAAAGACGGGAGAAACCCUGGAAAAAAUUCUACCACAUAAGGUAUAA